GGAAAGCCGAAGCUUUAAAUGUACAAAAGACAACUCAAGUUAGAGUUGUGCUUGGGCAUCUAACAAAAUCUUCUCGGAGACUUCAGGGGGCGGGCUAGAGAGAAUGUAGAGCCCCGGGUUCUGAGAAAAACCUAAGAGUCGGCCGGUACAUUGCCGUCCCGUUUAAUAAAGGAGGUUUGCACCGAUUAUUGAUGGUUGUCGAUGCAGUUUUUAAUUCUAGGUAACAGAUUACUACUAGCAAAACUGGAGUCUAGAUGAAAUUUGGGGGUGUCUAGAUGAAAUUGGAAAUGGACUGGGCUACUUAGCCUACAUGGGCCUAACUCCCAGUCACAAACAGAAAAGGGAAAUAAGUAGUCGUAGACUAGUAGUAGCUCCGCCGGCUAAAACAGAACAGUGAAACAGAGUGCAGAGAGAAUUGGGAGGGGAAACAUUUGGAGAGCGAAAUUCCAUUUGGCCAAAAAAACAAGAGAAAGUGGGAACCCUGAUGACAAGAUGAAGGCUCGAACAAGAACAGCCAUUUUCAGGAACAAGUCUAGGAAUUGGAGUGAAAUAAAGUUUGGGUUUUGUUCCUGGGAUGUUGUAUUACCAGCAGAGAUUAAUAAGAGUGCCCCCAGGGAUCAAAUGCUAUUCUACACAAGUCAUUUCUGGUAAUUCCAAGAUUGCCUACUAUGCUAGGGUGGGUCAGAUCUACAAUGCCCGUGAGGUGUUCGAUGAAUUGCCCCGUAAAAGUAUUUCCUCCUGGAAUUCCAUUGUCAGCGGCUACUUUAACAAUAACCUGCCUGAUGAAGCACGCCGCUUAUUCGAUCGCAUGCCGGAGAGAAAUUUGGUCUCUUGGAAUGGGUUGAUAUCUGGCUUCAUAAGGAAUAACAUGUUGAGUGAAGCGAGAAAGGUGUUUGACGAAAUGCCUGAGAGAAAUGUCGUUUCUUGGACUGCUAUGGUUAGAGGGUAUCUUGAUAAUGGUUUGGUGGCAGGGGCGGAGGCCCUCUUUUGGAAAAUGCCCGAAAGGAACGUGGUUUCUUGGACCGUCAUGCUCGGCGGGUUGAUUCAAGAGGGUAGGAUGGAGGACGCGAAACGUAUUUAUGAAAUGAUGCCAGAAAAGGAUGUAGUGGCGAGGACGAGUAUGAUUGGUGGGCUAUGUCAAGAGGGUUUGUUGGAUGAGGCUAGGGAGCUUUUCGAUAGUAUGCCACGUCGAAAUGUCUUUUCUUGGACUGCAAUGAUCUCGGGUUAUGCACAUAAUGGGAAGGUGGAUUUAGGUCGGAAACUUUUUGAGGUCAUGCCCGAGAAGAAUGAGGUCUCUUGGAGUGCAAUUUUAAUGGGAUACAUCAAUAAUGGGAGGAUUCAAGAGGCUUUGGAGCUUUUCGAGUCGAUGCCUUCUCAACCAAUCUUUGCUUGUAAUUCAAUGAUACUCGGUCUUGGUCAAACUGGGGAUGUCAAAGGAGCGAGGAGGAUAUUUGAUUCGAUGAGAAGUAAGGAUGAUGCCACGUGGAGCGCCAUGGUUAAGGUUUACGAAAGAAAAGGGUUCGAAUUGGAUGCACUUGAUAUUUUCCGCUCCAUGCAGUGGCAAAGAGUCAAACUGAACUUCCCUUCAUUAAUAAGUGUUCUUACAGUUUGCGCUAGUCUUGCGAGUCUCGACCAUGGCAGGCAGAUUCAUGCUAAUUUGCUAAGAUCCAACUUCGAGGAUGAUGUGUAUUGUUCCUCAGUAUUGAUCACCAUGUAUAUGAAAUGCGGUGACCUAAUGAAAGCAAAACAAGUUUUCGACAGAUUUUCUGCCAAGGAUGUAGUCAUGUGGAAUGCUAUUAUAACAGGUUGCGCCCAACAUGGCCUCGCUGAAGAAACCUUGAAACUUUUUCAUGAUAUGUUGUCACAAGGAUAUGAACCGGAUAAUGUUACAUUCAUUGGGGUGCUCUCGGCUUGCAGUUACACCGGAAAUAUCAAAGAAGGGAAAGAAAUCUUUGAGGCUAUGAGGUCAAGAUAUUUGGUUGAGCCCAGUAAUGAACAUUAUGCCUGCAUGGUUGAUAUGCUUGGCAGAGCUGGCCGAUUGAGUGAGGCGAUGGAUAUGAUCAACAAUAUGCCCAUGGAACCUGAUGCAAUUAUAUGGGGCUCUUUCAUGGGAUCAUGUAGGAACCACAUGAACCAGGAUCUGGCUGAAUUAGCAGCAAGAAAGCUCUUACAGCUCGAGCCAGAAAACGCCGGCCCUUACAUUUUGCUUUCUAACAUUUUCGCAUCCAAAGGCAAAUGGCGUGAUGUUGGCAAACUGAGGAAAAACAUGCGUUUGAGGAAGGUCAGUAAGUCACCCGGUUGUAGCUGGAUAGAGUUUGACAAGAAAGUGCACAUGUUCACUGGUGGAGAGAAUACGCCACACCCCGAGCACCAAUUGCUUAUUAAGAAGUUAGAGGAAUUAAGCCCGUUGAUAAAGGAAGCAGGAUAUGUCCCCGAUGGAAGCUUUGUUUUGCACGAUCUAGACGACGAAGAGAAGGCACGAAGCUUAGGGCAUCACAGCGAGAAGCUAGCUGUUGCAUAUGGACUGUUGAAGUUGCCGGAAGGUGCUCCAAUCAGAGUGAUGAAAAACCUUCGUGUUUGCGGCGACUGCCAUGCUGCUAUAAAGCUGAUCUCGAAGGUCACUGGACGAUAUAUCAUCUUGAGAGAUGCAAAUAGAUUUCAUCACUUUAAAGACGGCAUAUGUUCUUGCAACGACUACUGGUGAAUUGAACAACCCUUUUUAUACCUUCUAAACACAACUUAAUUCAUUUUUGUUUCGAUUUAGAACUCUCUCGGUCUUGUACCUUUUCUUCGAUCUAGUAAUGAACAUCUAGCACAACCAAAAAGAUUGUAUCAGUGAACAUUUUAAGUUCAUCACAUUAAUAUUGUAAGGAGAUCGGAAUAGGACGAAACAUAGGCAUGUUUAAAAAUCUGGAUUUCCGAUGCAAGAAGCACAAAAACAGAAGUUUUCCAUCAGCAGCAGCAGAAACGAAGCCGGAGUUCCAAGCACUUCUGAUCCGAAUCCUGGAAGCAGCUCAGCCGACCCCUUGUCAGCUAUUAUCCAGCCACAUUCAAUUGCAGACAGUAUGAAGUCAUUUUUUCCUGUUAGUCCAACAGGAAAUUCAUUGAUGUCGGAACAUUAAGUUAUAAAUGCAAGCUUAAUGAAGGUGCCGAUUGGUACAAGCCUGAUGUCUAUUUAAUUUAAGUACAAAUCUAAGCGUUCGGUGAUGGAUAAUCUUUUGUAGAAAAUGGGGAGAAAAACUGAGUUCAUUUUGCUUCAUCUCCUUGUUCAACCUUUUUGCUCAAUUUUGAUAUGUACAAAUUCUUGUUUUGUUUCUUUUUCUUUCAUUUCCUGUAGUCAUCUUGCGUACUAGCAAUUGUGUUACAUUAAAUUUUUUGUGUCCU